UAAUGACCAUCGACGAGUUGCAGGAGAUGCAAGAAAAUCUGUUGCAGCAAAUCUGGAUGUUGACUUUAGAGAACGAUAUUUACGAACGAUACUUGACACGCCAGGAUCCCCACAGUCUAAAAGAAUCCCGAUACCGCAUCGUAUAGUAAUGGCGAAGAAGGAAGUGGAGGAAUUGAAGAAGAAAUUGGAACUUUUUCAAAACUAUGUGAGAAAGCGGAAAAUGGACUUGAAGGCUCACAUAGACGAGAUCGAAAUACGGAUCAGUGAGAUCCAAGAGGCGAAGGAGGAUUUCGAAGUGGAAGUGGUUACGGAAGGCGUGGAUCGAUUGACGGGCAAGAUACCUGCCGAACGAUUGAUCAGGUGAUUGCGCGUGUGAUCGGAACGUUGCAACGUGUUGCGAAUGCGUUUUUUUUUACGCGUGGGAUCUCGCGAAGAUUCAUCGAGGAAUGGCUGAAAUCGGCGAGCACGAUACUGGAGAGGCUGAGAUUGAAGACGGCCACUGUAAAGCUUCAGAUCAAAAGGGCCAGACUGCAGCUUGCACAGAGGAAAGAGCUCGGCGAGAUACUUCACGUCAUCGAUUUCGAGAAAUUGAAGAUCGAGAAUCAGGAUUUCGCAAAGUUGCUCGAGGCGAAGAAUCUUUAUGUGAUCGAUAUGAAGAAGAUCGCAGGUUACUACCAUUUGAAAUUGACGCAACACAAGCAGAAACUGAACGAUCUGUCGGUGAAAUUGAGGCAGUUGAAGGAGGAGACCAUGUUGAAACAGAAACAGAUCGAGGAGAUAAAUAUCGAGUAUGAUAUUUUCUCGAACAAAGUGAAACGACAACAAAAGAAAUUGACGCAAUUGUUGAAUUUCACGGAGAAUCAUACUGCACCUGAUAUUUUAGACUUUAUCAAACUUCAAGAAGAAUACUCUGAAUUAGAGAAAUCUUAUAAAUUAUUACAAAGACGUAGGAAUAUAGAAAAGAUAAUAUUCGAAGAAUAUAAGAAGCAAACAAUAUUGAAGAAAAAUUAAAAAAAGAGCCAAAAAGUAAACUUAUUUAGAACGUUUAUCUAAUUUUUCUAUCAUUGUGGUCUCUAAAAUCCACUAUUCGAACGCAAAACGUUUUUUUGCCAAUAGAGAUUGUAAUUAUAUCUGUAAAAGAAUUACGACGGUCUAGUACCGUCACUGAUUACGCCACCGGAUAAUUGGAGUUACGGUGCUUGUUUAGAAGACGAAGGAAGCUUGAAACGAUCGUCCACUUUCCAUGAUAGUAAUACUUUCCAUAAAACACGAAAAUGAUUCGAUAUUCGAAAAAGAUUUUUUUUAGACACAACGACGAUUUAAUAAUUUUAUUUUUUGAUCCAGAAAUUCAAUUUUUUAUAUUUGCCGCCAAUGGUAAAAUCUUUUAACAUUUUAACAACACUUGCAAAACUUUUGCAAUAAAAAAUUUUAUCAAAAUAAAUUUUAUUAAAAUAAUUCGCGAUUAAGAUAAAAGUUAUUAUUUCUUAUGGGAUGGAUUCACAAUUUUUGAACGCCAUUGUUGAAACGAUCAUCAAUAAUUUCAUUCAAUUCACUUUUUCACAAAAGUCCCUCGUUAGAAACUCUUGUUUCGGUUCUCUGAUUUUUUUUUUUUUUUUUUCUUACAAAAGAAU